GGUGGGAGAGACUCACUGUUUAGCAGCAGAGACAGAAUCCAGCUGGAGGGUCACGACCCUAAAUGACCAUCCACUCGCACACACAUUCAGGAGAGAAAACUGUGCAGACAUGAAUUUAAAUGACUUUGUGGUGGUUCCUAACAACACAGCCAAAUCUGUCAAGCUUAAUGCCAGGAACCUGCAGGAGCUGAAGAUGGAGACUGUGGUGCUGGCCCAAGAGAGCACAGAGAUGGAGGACAAACUGCAACAGCUGAAAGAGCGCAUGAGUAAAGAGAAGAAGGAGAGAGUACAUUCAGGAGGGUUUCGAUGGAAGUCUGGACAGUCUGGUCCUUUAAACAGCAACGCUAUGCGGAUCAAUGCCAAGAGGAACGAAGAGAAUAGACUCCAAAAGCUAUCAGCAGGGACGGUAAAGAUCCGAGUGUUGAAGGAUGAACCACUGACAGCCCCAGCUCAGCCACCUCCUCCACCUCUGGCCCCAACCAAGGGUAUGGGUAUCAGGACGGUACCAACAAGAAAAAACAGGCUAAAGGGACCGACAUGCGGACAGUGUGACGUCAAGGCUGCUGGAAUAAUGUGUGCUGAAUGCUCAGAGGAUUACUGUAUUUGCUGCUUUGCCAAAUUUCACCAGAGGGGGGCACUGAAGUUCCACAGAAUCAUCCCCAUUCAGGCUGAAAUACAGACCCAUGUCAACACUCAAGAUGUUGUCAGAUGCUUCCAGGCACAGACUGAGAGCUGUUAUCCCAGUACUGUUUCCAGUCUUAAACCAAGUCCCAAAUCCAAACGUGCAAGCAGGUUUUUGUCCAAUUCAGUGACCAGACAAGGAGAUAAUGUUCCUGAAAAUCCAAAUGACCAUAUUGCUGAACAUAUGCAACUGCAUCUUGAGCCCAGCCAGGUGUUUGUUGUCAGUCAUAAAGAAAACAGAAGUGUGGAAGUGGUUGAUGAGGAGCAAAAAGGGGAGAAAGAACAAUUACCAGCUUCUCUGCUUAGUGGACUGUAUGAUGAGGAAGAGUCUGCUAGAUCUUUCCAGGAGGCUCUGAGACAGUGGCGAGGAGGAGGAGGAGGAGGAGGAGGAGGACCCAUGAUUGAGGGUGCAGUGUGGGUACCUGUGCAACCAGCAGAAUUGUCAGCUAUGGCGACCCAGACUGACCUCUCUCCAGACAGAGGAGGAAGAGAAGAGAGAGAACCUGUCAGGGUGGAGUUCAUGGAAUACACCCUUACCUACAUGGACAGAUUGCUUCUCAAGAAGCACCGCAGAACACCAGUUGAAUGUUAUCAUCCAUCCCUGGACCUUAGCACUGAUAUAAACCCACUGCUCAACACAAAUACUGAGGAACAGACAGCAAGCGCAUUGACAGCUCAAGAAGAGGAUUUUCAUCAGUACUGUGUAUCACUGUUUGCUGUUCCUGUCAGCAGUGGAAGGACUGAGCCUCAGAUUACUAGACCUGAAUCAUACCUCACCAUAGUAGACGACCUGGAUGAGGAGACAGAUAUGAAUGGAGUUUUUGUUCCUGAAAAGAGGGCAGACCUCAACAGAAAGGUCCCAUCUGUUCACCAAGUCUCAAGCAAACAACGAACAACCUCAAUCAAUACUGGGCCCUCCUCACUCAGCCCAACACAACCAAAAACCAAACCAUCUCUGAAAUUCCAUCCAUCUAAGUCUCAGGUGUCACCACAAGGAGCCUCAGGAAAAGCACUCUCUGAACAAAAGCCAUUUGCACACCCUUCUACUGAGACGACACCAGAUACUUACAAGACUUCACUUAAGCCAGAAACCUCCAAGCACAAAGGGCCCAAUUGGUCUCCUGCCGUCCACAAAACAAAAUCUGGCUGUGAAUCACCCCAAUCACCAUCACUUUUGUUGUGUCCCCCUCGACCACUUUCCCAAAUUGAGAUCCCUACCUCAUAUUCCCUUCCCUCAUUUCAUCCUAAUGCUUCUCUUUUGGGUAGUAGUCCAUCAGUGAUGCCAGAAGACCAUCUUUCCUCUCCAGGCAUUUCUUGUACCCUGAGAUCUACUUUCACAGUCUCGCCAUCAAGCUCUGUUGAGUCAGCGCUAUUGCCCAAAAUAUAUCAAUCAACCCCAUUACAAAACAGCUCUGACUCUACCGUAUUGCCAGAACAACUGCAAUCAUCCCAGUUAUACCCAGAACCAAUCUCAUCACCAAAGAAUUCUCAAUCAACAGCGAGCAAUCUAGACUCCCAGAAGCAAUCCCAGCAUUCUUUAUCAGACCCAGAGGGCCUCCUAUCAGGUAAUCAAGGCCAGAUACCUCCGUUACCUGUGUCAUCCAGUCCAAAUGCUCUGGUAAAAUCCAUGGAACCUGUUUCAAGUCCAUGGGGAACAAACCCAGUGUCUUCCCAAGCACCUGUGAGGACACCUCCCAAUGUAUCCAGUUUAUAUCCGUUAGAGUCCCUGACAGGUGCAUAUUCUAGAUCGAGGUCAGCUCAUGACUAUACGUAUGAGGAUGCACCAGUUCGUCUGUCCUCCACCUCUGUGUCUGUUGACCAUGAAUCAUGCCUGUCAUAUCAGGAUACACAACAUAUCCGGUCUGUUCCCUCACAUCUCCUAAAUGUCAGCCAGAGUCCUCCAUCACCUGGCGAAAUAGGAGAGGAAAAGAAUCUGCCACUGGACAGUGAAGAUGAAAUGUCCAGUGACAGCCUGGGUCUGGUACCACAUGAGGAAGCCUAUCUGGAUGAAGCUGCAAAAAUACACCAAUUUUUACAGAGAGGAACAUCCAAAGAAGGCAAUAGAGGGAAGACUGCCACCCCUCAUUUAGAAGAUUUCUUUGUUCGUGCAGGUGAAGAAAGAGAAAACGAUUUGCAGACUGAUGAGCCAGAACACCUGUCAGAAGCAUCCAUGGUGAUACCGGGGCUGUUCCGACAUGUAGACCGGUUUUCGCCUCAGGAUUUGGGCAUCAAUUCCGUCCACAGUUUGGAAUACACACAUACUGAGGCAAUGCAGCAGUGCCAACCUUUGCUGCAUGCCUCAGACCCAACAGAGUCUGCAGAGUAUAGAUCAUGCAACAACCUUAGCACUUACUUUAAGAAGGAGGAGAACAACAACACACAGCCACCUGGAAAAUCAGACAUUUCAGCAAAUGAAGCAGCAACAUCUGACCCAGACCCUACGUUUCGUCCACUGUCAUGUGCAGCGCGGGAAAUCAUGGAGAUCUGUAAUGUGGACCAGACAGGCUGUGAAGACCCUGACCUGGAUGCCGAUACAUCCUCACAUGCACUCUCCAGUCUAGAACGGGAACUGAGACUUCAGGCCAAGGAAACUGGAACACAGGUCUUAGUAGUUGCUACAGGAAACAGAGGAACUCAAGAUCAGCAAGGGAAUCAUCGCUUCACACGGUGCAGGGUCAAGGAUGAACAACAAGAAGAAGAGGAAGACCGGGAAAGUGUCCUCUUGUUACCCUGAUGUACUGUAUUAUUACACAUAAACACACAUACUGUUAAGGAUUAACAACAAUCUAAAGACAUGCACAUGCAAACAUGUAGAUCCAUUUAUUCAAGAGACUAAAGCAAGUAAAUAAAUAUAUAAAUGCAAUCCUGCGAAAGCCAUUACAGAAUACUGAUUAAAUGCCAGUUUGAUUUCA